AUGAAAUUAAAAAUAAAACUUAUUUUUCUUACGACAACUUUCUUCUUUAAUGGAUAUGAAUGCAUAGGCGGAAGAUUAAUAUUUGGUCAUAGUGGAGCAAAAGAUAAAAGCAAACCUGCAUCUCAUUCAAAUUAUGGAUCAACUUUUGGAUCUUCUGGCCUUAACAGCAACACAUAUAUUCAUAACAAUUAUUAUAGAUCUGAAUACGGUGGAUCAUCAUUCCUGACCAGUGCUUUAUUUAAUAGAGGUCGAAGUCACAAUUCUUUUCGCCAUAGGUCAUGGUCCGAUAAAGAUGAUAGAAGAUGGCGAAUGACAACAAAAGCUCCAUAUUUUGAGAAUAAAAUUCCAGGAUCUGAAAAAAUUUUACCGGCAGCUGCAGUUGUUGGUGCUGCAACUGCUUUUGGGUUAAUUUCGCUUCUUCCACUCAAUGUUCCAGCAUUCAAGCCUUUGAUGUACUGCAAUGGAACUGAAUUUGCACAAUCACCCAUCAACAUCGACGACAAAAUUUACAGAUGCUCGAACAAAAGUAUUUUGAUUUCUUCUUGCGACUUCAUAAAUGAGAACCAAGUUUUCAAUGAAGAUGAUAAAUGUGUAAAUAAAACCAUGGAAUGUCAUUCCAAGCAUUCAAAUGAUGAAAUCUUUUGUGACAAUGGAACUUUACUUAGUCGAUCUUCACUUGUUUGCAAUUCCACGACAUUUUUGAAUGGAACCAAAAACAACGAAACGUUGACAAUUUUAAAUUGUUUCAAAGGAGAAAUCAAUGCUAAGUUGGCUUCAUUUAUCCCAACAACUACAACCGAAGAACCAUCAACGACUACGACUGAGAAGAAUCUUUCUGUGCCUUCAAGGAUUCAUGUUUUCUUCAUGAAAAUCAUCGGAAAGGAAGAAGCGCUUAAGAAGAUCACAACGACAAGCACCACAACUACAACAACAGAUGAUCCUCGGCUAGCUUUGAAAGAAGAUGAUAAGUUGUGGGCUCCCGAAGCGAUGACAAUUCCACCCACCACUACUACUGAAGCACCAUAUGUGAUAAUGAAAAGAUGGAUAGGAGGUAGAACCUUACCUUCGUAUGAUAAACCAGCGACAUCAGAAGAAGUGAGGGAAUUUACAAAGAUGCAUAACAUGGGUAAAGGUCACUGGAUGGACUAUCAUUUCUACACAAAGGUUCUGAUUACAACUGAAUCUACUGUGGAAGAAACGACAACAAUUGCAACUCCAUUAAUAACUGAAGUUUACUCUGGAGGUCCUUACGUGAUGAUGAAAAUUUCAGAAAAUAAAUUACUUGAAUUGAAUACCAAAGAAUAUUUAGAAUACAAAGUGUCGAAAGUGUUAGGAAAAGAAUAUUUUUAUGAAGAUAAUUAUGUAAAGGUUCCUUUCAAUAAUGCAACUACUCCAAGUUAUGAUAAUAAAGAAUAA